AUGGCGGCGAGCGCCGCCGGGCAGUAUAAUGUAAUGAAUUAUGCAGUAUCUUUUGCUGACAAAUGUACUGUGUACUGUCAGGCAGUAGAAAAACAGCUGAAGAUCUGUGGCUUUAAGCGGAAUAUCGAUGUCUUAGUAUUGUAUCUGGCUGGACAAGGACUAAGAAGCAUUCCAAGUCUAUCACGCUUUCAUAGGUUGAGGUAUUUGUGGAUUAACAACAAUAAGGUAAUAAGGGCACUAAAGAAUAAGGAGAAAUGGCCUGAUGACUACAAACUUCUCAAAGAUAGAGAAAUGCCGCUAUAUACGAUAGGUAUGUGUAGGCCCUACACGAUACAAGGUACAAUAAUCAUUAUCCAAGAUUUAACUUUCUUGAAGAAAAACUACUGCUUGACUGAACUAUAUCUCAACAACAAUGAGAUCACAGAUAUAUCAGGUGCUCUGAAACACUUGUGUGCACUACAGAUUCUGUUGCUUCACAACAACCAGUUAAAACAACUUGGCAAAACAGUGAAGGAAUUAAAAGGAAUAAUAAGCUUGCAGACCCUAAACUUAUUCUAUAACCCUCUGGCACAUGAUCCAGACUACCGGCUUUACGUGAUACACUUCCUUCCUUCGGUACAGCUCCUUGACAGGAAAUCAGUUACACAAAGAGAAAGGGAGUCAGCAUUUCAUCUGUAUAGCCAUGAGCGGUCUUGUGUUAUGGAGUCAAUAGCUUUUGGAAAGAGAGUAAACACACCACUAGGGACUGCCAUGGGAUGCAGCAGAGGCGCUCAACCAGCCAGAAGAUGGAUGAUGGCCCCAGAUCGUGAAUUUGGAAAUCACACGAAUAACGUUCCAUUUGAGAACCCUGAAGAUGCUGUUUUACUACGGGCAAUGACAAGAUCUGUAAUGGAAUUUUCCUCUCUUGACUGGAACAAAGUACCCACCUGUCGAGAAAGACGUCUUGAAAACAAAGCAGAAUAUUCCCCUGAGAAGCUGACAAUCCAAUUUAGAUGACUGCUUUCUUCCUUAAGAAAAAUAUUACUCCUCUGUCUAGAGUGGAUAUAAACUUCUUACGUAAGUGAAUAUCUCUGUAACACAAGUACACUAAACCCCACAUCCAAUCAAAUGAACUUCCAGCAACAAAAAGUAUUCG